GACCUUGGGACUGCUGGUGGCUGCGGCCCGGGAAAGAUCUGGCGGGCGGACGGCGCAGGCAGCUGCGCGGCGGGAGCGCAGCCGGACUAGGGGACAGGCAGAGCGGGACGAGGAGAGGGGACGGACGGCCUCAGCGGGAGCGCCUGCACGAUCCCGCGCCCAGACCUCGCAGGACCCCCCGACGCGCGCCGGGCCUAGCCCGCCCAUGAAGCCGCCAGCCGUGCAGGGCAGCCCCGCGGCCGCCGCGGCCGCAACCCCGGCCUUGGACUCGGCCGACGCGGGGGACCUGAGCGACGCGCUGUGCGAGUUUGAUGCGGUGCUGGCCGACUUCGCGUCGCCCUUCCACGAGCGCCACUUCCACUACGAAGAGCACCUGGAGCGCAUGAAGCGGCGGAGCAGCGCCAGCGUCAGCGACAGCAGCGGCUUCAGCGACUCGGAGAGAAUUUAUCGGAAGAAGUGGAAGAAGCCUGGCCCCAGAAUCUUGAGUCUUCUUACUCUCUGUGGUGACCUUUCUUCUCCUGAGUGUGUCCUCCUCCAUUUUGUUGGGAAAACAGAAUAAAAGCAAUGAAAACCAUAGGUAUCACAUGGAGCGCCUGGCUUACUGAUUCCCCUUUCGCAAGAGAAGAAACUAAGGCUCUGAGAUGAAGUGACUUGCACAGGGUCACACAGCUUUCACACGGCCUCGGUGCCACACAUCUCUAGGGUGGCAGCUUCUGGAGCUCCUGUGCUUGUCCUGGUCGUUGUUUUUGGGAAUGACGUGUAGAGCAGUUAUGAACACAGGGUGGAACUCAACUGUGAGGAAGUUUGGCUCAGGGGUGCUGGGGGUUCAUUUCCUUUUGAUGGUUGAACACUCUGGAGCCUGGAGUCAGGUUGGGCCCAGACUGCACUGGAACUCAUGGGAAUAGAGAGACGUCAAAGUGUAGCAGUGAACUGGUGCUGAGAUUGUGUGUGUGUGUGGGUGUGUGGGUGUGUGUGUGUUUGCCCCCUCCCAAGGGAUGAGUGUACAUGGACGUAAAAUUGAUGGAGAGUCGGGGCAGAACAGAGGUGAAGUCCCAAGUCAGGAGAAGGGCCUGCGGUGCAGGGUGUGGUGGUGAGACUGAGACCAGGGGUGCUGCCAGUGAGUCCUGGGUUCAGCACUCUGGGCCAGGGCUGGGGGUGAUGCUCUCAGGUGUCCUUUGGAGCCAAGGAUGACGUUCCAGAGGCCUCAUACUCCUUUCUUCUGGCUCUCGAGUCCGGGCACGAGGCCUGCUUCCCCAGGGCCCUCUGUGGUUUUCCUGCCCCCUCAGUCUUACCUCAUCUUUUCCCCGCAAGUCUCUCGGGUUCUAUUUGGGGGCGAUUCUCCUGACUCUGACGUGGCGACAAGCAGUAACGAGACGCGGUAGGUCUGCGAUGGGCGUGACCACUUUCCUGUGCGUAGGGAAAAGGCCUCCCCUUGAGAAAAUCCAGACUGCUGCAGAGGGCGACCCAGCUGACAAGCGAGCAGAAGGGCUUCCCACGUUCAUUUCCACUGAGUACAAGCGUCUUGAGAAAUAUUAAUAAAGCUGCCACCGAAAAAGUGUCCCAAGGGCAAGUAAACCAGGGGAAAUAGGGCUGAGCUGGUUUCUUUUCUUUUCUUUUUUUUUUUUUAAUAUUUAUUUAUUCAUUUGUUUGGCUGAGUUGGGUCUUAGUUGCGGCAUGCUGGA